AUGAUUGAAGAUAAUAUUGAUAUUGAUGUUUAUUUUCUAUUUAAUCCAUGGAAUAAAAAUGAUUCAUGUGCAUUAUUAUCAUCUGAUCAAAUUGCAGAAUAUGUUUUGAAUGAACAUGGACAAAUUUAUCUUGGCUCAUCUGAUAUUCCUCAAUCUAUUCCAUGGUAUUUUGGACAAUUUGAAAGAAUUGUAUUACUUACAGCUCUUGCUCUUCUUAAAGAAAUAUAUUUAUCAAUAGAAUAUCAUAUCGAUAUAUCUUUAAUUCUUCGUAUUCUUUCAUCAAAAAUUUGUUCAGAUGUU